UUUGCUGUGGUCUUUUUUGGGGGGGACUUUGGUCGUGAUGUUUUUUGUCCGUGACAUACAAAGAGCCAAAAGACUUCCAAAGAUCCACUGGGCUGAGCGACUGCCUGUGGAGGCUCGAUGCAGGAGGAUUUGGUGUCACCUUUGACCUUAUUAACUUUAGUUAACUUAACUGUGAAUUAUGUUGACAUGUUUUACUGUUCUGAAACAGACUGGGAAGAUCACAGCAGACAGCUUCAGAAAAAGCUUUUUGGAGCGGGAGGCUGUUAGAUUUGAAGUGGAUAAGAUCUGCAGGGAGGAGCAUUUUAUCUGUCCUGCAUGCACCCCAGACAUGCUUGCUGUUUCUGUGGAUGGAAAUCGCAAGCACUACCGCUUUAAGAACGCAGCAAGAUCUGAAGAACAAGCCUUAUUUGAUGGCAUCUUCAUUGCAAAAGAUGAUGAAGUAGAAAGAUUUGUGGAUUACAUUCAUUCCAACACCAACCAUGUCUCUGGAAGAGGUGUCUGUGGAGGGGAGUGGUCAGCUGCCAGGGAAACUUCUCAGAGAUCCUCUAGUAAAAUUGAUGAGGAGGGACUUGAGCUUGCGGUCUGUCGACAUGGAGUUUUUCUCGGCACUCUCAACAUGUUCAGGGGAGAAAUAUAUGCUUAUCCCCUCUACCUGCAGAACAAGCUGGCAAAUAAGUCAAUAAGCUUUUUUGCCAUGGAUGUAACCUGCAAGUACUGGCCCUACCUCCACAAAGUGACAAAAAGCUGCCCGGAGCUCGAGCACCUUCUGAGCAUGAAACCAUUCCUCUCAGUGUUUCAUGCCAAAGCCCAUGAUUUUAAAUGCGAGGUUAAAUGGAGUGGAGCUUACCAGCAAGGGGCCGGAUUGACACUUGGGGAGGAGGUUGAACAGUGUAACGCCUUCCUCUCUAGGAUGCUGUGA